AUGUUUAAUAUACGUUUUGCUUCAACACGUUCAAGAGCAAAUUCUGCCCGACGUGGAAAUUGUGGUACUGGUGGUAUUGGUCCUGGUGCUGAUGUUGGAGCUGGAUUGCUUGAUUUACCAAAUGGUUUUUAUUCUGAUAUAACUUCAUUUCAUUCGACGUUAAGAGAAUUAAAACGUGUUGCAUAUCAUCCAAUCGUAUUCGUAAUAACAGAUAAUAGUUCAUUAUCAGCAUUUAAUAAUCCUCAUUUAUUAUUUUCAUUAUCAAUUAUUGAUGAAUUAAAAAUUGAGCAUAUCAGUUUUAAUGCAAUUGCACCAACUUAUAUGAAAAAAGGUCUUGAAAAUAUUAUACAUCAAGCAUCAUUAUUAAAAUUAAAACCACCUUCUCGUGAUUGUAUAAAUGAUAUUAUUCAAACAGCAAAUGGCGAUCUUCGUUUAGCAAUUAAUACAUUACAAUUUUCGAGUAGUCUAAAAAAAUCUUCAAUCUUAACAGUUAUUCCAAAAGAUACGUGUUUAUCAUUAUUUCAAGGACUUGGUCGAAUUUUAUAUAAAAAAGAUUCGGAUGAAAGUUCAACAGAUGACAAUCGAAAACAACCUGAAAAUCUUAUCGAACAAUGUCAUAUAUCAGCAUCAACAUUUAUUGGAUUUUUAUUUGAAAAUUAUAUUGAUUUUUAUUCGUUAAUAAAUGAUGCUGCUCAAGUAUGUGAUUAUCUUAGUUUAAGUGAAUAUAUUCUUAAUGAUUGGGAGACACGUUUACAACUUUUAUCAAUAUCAUCAAGUAUAGCCUGUCGAGCAGUACGUUUAUGUAAUUCCAUGGCAAUUAAUCGAGGUUUUAAACCAAUGCGUAAACCACAAGAGAAUGAUGUUAAAUCAAGAGCACAAAAAAAUCGAACAUUAUUAUCAGUUAAUAAAUUAUAUUAUGGCUGUUCGGAAGAAGAAUAUUUUACUACUAUGUUACCUUAUCAAGCGUGUCUAUUAAAAAUGUCACAUUCUUCAUUGAUAAAUGCAACAAAUCGUUCAAUUCUUGAUAUUGGUUAUAUUGAUCGUUAUUCAAAAAAAUGGCAUGAUGUAAAUUCUAUGGUAACUCAAAAGAAUAGUUCAAUAGCAAUUCUUACUGAUAAUACAAUCAAUGAAACAAAUGACACAUUAUUUAAUUUUUCUUUAAUUAAUGCAACAACAACAAUUAAAUUAAAUAAACUUGAAUAUGAUGAUACUAUUGAUAUAGAUGAUAUUGAUGACUAA